GUUAAAUGAUUUUAUUCUCGCAGUGAUGCGUGGUAAUGCGUCACUUCCGCUCACGCUGACUUCAGCUUGCAUCAUAUCUGGUCUCUCUCGCAGCCGGUAGGGACAGACAACAUACACGAUGGUGGAGCCAGUCCCCGAGUCCAUCAACUUUCCCUCUGAGGAAGAGAAGAUCCUGAAGCUGUGGAUUGAGAGGGACUGCUUCCAGGAGUGCCUCAAACAGUCAAAGAACAGGCCCAAGUACACCUUCUACGAUGGCCCUCCCUUUGCCACAGGUCUUCCUCACUAUGGUCACAUUCUGGCAGGCACCAUCAAGGACAUCGUUACUCGAUUUGCCCACCAGAGUGGCUACCACGUGGACCGGCGCUUUGGAUGGGACUGUCACGGCCUUCCUGUGGAGUAUGAGAUUGAUAAAACCUUGGGUAUCAAAGGACCUGAAGAUGUGGCCAAGAUGGGCAUUGCUGAGUACAACAAGCAGUGCAGAAGCAUCGUCAUGAGAUAUGCCAAUGAGUGGGAGACAUCAGUAAAGCGAAUGGGCAGGUGGAUUGACUUCAAUAAUGAUUACAAGACUCUGUACCCAUGGUUCAUGGAGACUGUCUGGUGGGUGUUCAAACAACUUUAUGACACAGGUCUGGUGUACCGAGGGGUCAAGGUCAUGCCAUUCUCAACCGCCUGCAACACCCCUCUCUCAAACUUUGAGUCCCACCAGAACUACAAGGAUGUCCAGGAUCCAUCCGUGAUGGUCAACUUCCCUCUGGUUGAGAAUGAAGAUGUUGCUCUGAUUGCUUGGACGACCACACCCUGGACUCUGCCAAGCAACCUGGCCCUUUGUGUUAACCCAGAGUUCCUGUAUGUCAAAGUCAGAGAUAACACCACAGACAAAACCUACAUUAUGAUGGAAGCCCGGCUGGGAGCUCUGUUUAAGUCUGAGAGCGAGUACACCCUCCUGGACAAGUUUCCUGGUAAAACGCUCAAAGGGAAACAGUACAAGCCUCUCUUCCAGUACUUUUCUAAGUGUGCAGAGAAAGGAGCUUUCCAGGUGGUGACGGAUAACUACGUCAAAGAGGAAGAAGGCACAGGAGUGGUCCACCAGGCGCCGUACUUUGGAGCUGAUGAUUACAGGGUGUGCAUGGAAUACAACAUCAUCCAGAGGGACCAGACUCCGAUCUGCCCUGUGGACGCCUCGGGCUGCUUCACUUCAGAGGUCACUGACUUUGCGGGACAGUAUGUCAAAGAUGCUGACAAGAACAUCAUUAAGUGGUUGAAGGAGAAGGGCCGCCUCGUCAAUGCCAGUAGUUUCAAGCACAGUUACCCAUUUUGCUGGAGGUCUGACACACCUCUGAUCUACAAAGCUGUCCCCAGCUGGUUUGUCCGAGUGGAGCACAUGGUGGACAAAUUACUUGACAACAAUGGAAAAUGCUACUGGGUCCCAGAAUUUGUGCGUGAGAAGCGUUUUGGAAACUGGCUGCGAGAUGCACGCGACUGGGCGAUUUCAAGGAACCGUUACUGGGGCACACCGAUCCCUCUCUGGGUCAGCGACGACUUCGAGGAGGUGGUGUGUGUUGGGUCCAUGGCUGAGCUUGAGCAACUAACUGGAGUGAAAGUGACUGACCUGCAUCGGGAAAGCAUAGACAAUCUCACAAUCCCAUCGCGGUGUGGUAAGGGCACGCUGCGGAGAGUCACUGAGGUGUUUGACUGCUGGUUCGAGAGCGGAAGCAUGCCCUAUGCUCAGGUGCACUACCCCUUUGAAAACAGGAAGGAGUUUGAGGACACUUUCCCUGCAGACUUCAUCGCUGAGGGCAUUGACCAGACAAGAGGAUGGUUCUACACCCUUUUGGUGCUCUCCACGCUCCUGUUUGGUAAACCACCCUUUAAGAACGUCAUUGUAAACGGUUUGGUGCUUGCCAGCGAUGGACAGAAGAUGAGCAAGCGCAAGAAGAACUACCCAGAUCCAGGACUGAUAGUGAAGAGCUAUGGUGCUGACGCCCUCAGACUUUAUCUCAUCAACUCUCCUGUAGUGAGAGCUGAGAACCUGCGUUUCAAAGAGGAUGGUGUGCGGGACGUUUUGAAGGACGUCUUCCUGCCGUGGUACAAUGCGUACCGCUUCCUCGUGCAAAACGUGCAGAGGCUACAGAAGGAGGAAGAGGUUCCUUUUCUGUACAAUGAGAACACAGUGAAGCAGAGUGACAGCAUCAUGGACAAAUGGAUUCUGUCCUUCACACAGUCCCUCAUCCAGUUCUUCAAGGCUGAGAUGAAUGCAUACCGCCUGUACACUGUUGUGCCUCGUCUGGUCAAGUUUGUGGACAUGCUCACCAACUGGUACGUCCGGACCAACCGGCGCCGUCUGAAGGGAGAGAGUGGCACUGAGGACUGCCUGUGGGCGCUGGAAACCCUCUUCAGUGUUCUGUUCUCCAUGUGCAGGCUGAUGGCUCCAUUCACACCCUUCAUUACAGAGAUGAUGUACCAAAACCUGCGUCACCUCAUUGACCCCACCUCUGUUGAGGAGAAGAACACCGGCAGCAUCCACUAUCUCAUGCUUCCCCAAGUCAGGGAGAAUUUGAUUGACAAACGCAUCGAGAGCGCCGUCUCUCAGAUGCAGUCUGUGAUCGAGUUGGGCAGAGUGAUCCGAGACAGGAAGACGCUGCCAGUCAAGUACCCACUCAAAGAGGUUGUAGUUAUUCACCAGGAUGCAGAGGCUCUGAAAGACAUCCAGUCCUUGCAGAAAUACAUCCUGGAGGAGCUUAAUGUUCGCAAGUUAACACUGUCAACAGACAAGGACAAGUACGGUAUUCGUCUGCGAGCUGAGCCAGACCACAUGGUGUUGGGAAAGAGGCUAAAGGGGGCCUUCAAAGCCGUCACCGCUUCUAUCAAGGAGCUCACAAAUGAACAGCUGGAGACCUUCCAGAAGACAGGAUCCAUCGUUGUGGACGGUCACGAGCUCCACGAGGAGGACCUGAGGCUCAUGUACACGUUCGACCAGACCUCUGGCUCUGCAGCACAGUAUGAAGCGCACUCGGAUUCUCAGGUCCUGGUGCUGUUGGAUGUCUCUCCAGAUCAGUCCAUGGUGGAUGAGGGCGUCGCCAGAGAGGUCAUCAACCGCAUUCAGAAACUACGCAAGAAGGGCCACUUGGUGCCAUCUGAUGAGAUAAGUGUAUACUACCGCUGCCAGCCAGAGGGGGAGUACUUGGACUCUGUAAUCAACGCUCACACUGACUUCAUCUUGGCUACCACUAAGGCGCCACUUCUGCGCUUCCCUGUCCCCAAGAAUGCAGGAGUCAUCAUAGAGGAAAAGACUCAGCUGAAGGGCUCAGACUUGGAGUUAACCAUAGUAAAGGGAACAUCAGCCCCUCAGGCUGCUUUAAAUGGACCAGCCUGUGCUUAUGUGAACAUCAAGAUCAAGGUCAACAACAAAGAACAAGAGGGCGUGGUGCUGCUGGAGAACCCCAAAGGAGAUAACAGAGUGGACCUUGAGAAGCUGAAGAGAGUGUGUGGCAGCAUCUUUGGAACAAACAACACUCAGCUCAAAUUCUUUAAUGGUGGAACUGAGCUGACCAGUAAAACAGACCUUCAGGGUCUAAGUGGCAAAACCUUGACAGUGACUCCAGGGUCUUUGUCGACCGUCUCCACCACCACCUCCACCGAUGCCCUGCUGUGCCCCUACGUUAACCUGCUUCUCUGUAACGUGCAACCAGCUGAGUGCCAGACAGGUGAGGUAGGCACCCUCCUGCUGGUCAACCCAGUGGGACAGAAUGGCCUUGACUAUUCAGGCCUGUUAUCUGAGGCUGCUAAGGUUUUCGGGCUCCGCAGCAGACGACUCAGACUGUAUCUGGACCAAGACCUCACCCAGGUGCUGCCAGCUGAUUCAUCCGUAAAAUCUCUAGACACCAAAAGCCUGUUUGUAAGAGUUCUCCCAACAACAGCUGAAGCAUAAAUGAGCCAUCCUACCAUCACCAUUUGUCUCUAAUGCAUCACAGUUCCUCAAAAGAAAAAAAAAACACUUCUACUCUAGUAUGCAGACCUAUAUAAGUGAAAUUAUGACAUGAUGUAUGUUAAUAAGAAAUCCUGAUACAAAGCAAGCUUCUCUACAGAGUAACUGACACAUGACAAAAAAUUGGCAUUUAAUGGCAGAAAUUGACUUAAGAUUGAGAGAAGUGUCAUCACAUUCUUAAAUGUGGCGAUAGCUAUGAUGAAUCACUGUUUAGCCAAGAUUCUCAGUCCCCUUCGAUGCAGCUUCUUUCUCUCGUCUUUAAUUUGUUGCCAAUUUUAAGCGUCAGUAUUCUAAGAAGGCACAAUGUGUUUUGGGGCUAUAUUUAUUCUGGACAGAGAAGACAUUUACUUUGUUCACUAGGAAGUGGAUACACUUCAAGAACAGAAGGGCUGCUUGUAAACAGCAGUGGUACACACUCGUUGGAUAGAUGUGUGAAAAUGAAAGUGUGAAGUGUUGGACAUGGAAAGUGGGAAUUGUCUGAAGGAAGGAAAAACCAACCGCAAAGAAAAUCCAAUGACCCGUUUGCAACACAUCAAUAACUCUAUCUGGAAACAAAGGUUACAAGGAGUUAUCGUAUUACUCAUGCCGUAUAUCGUAUUGAAUCUUUUCCCUUAUUUUUCUAAUGAUCCAUUUUCCAUCCAUUGUUUAUCUAAGAUGAGCUUAACCCUGCAUAAUUUUCACUGUCGCUCAUAAACCAAAGUGACGUCAUCUGCUUGUACACCAGUUUAAAUUUAACAGAUAAUCUGAAAUAAAUAUUCUGUACGUUGCGCUGGGAGUUUUUUUGACUAUGCAUUUAUAGGUGCAACUGAUUUGAGGCUGUUGUAUCUUGGAGACAAAAGGUCCUGUAAUAAUAGAAACAAAUGGAAAAUGUACUAUUUUAUGUGGCAGAUGGAAUAAAUCAAAGGUGAAUUGG